UGACAAGUUGCAUCCUUUUCCACGCGGCUAAAGCGGGUGGCUUCGAUAUCCUGAGUAAAAACGUACCCACACCACAGUCAGGAUGGGGAAUCGGCUAGACAAAUCCACAAGCUUUGGCUGUUUUGCAUGACAAAUUUGGAUUCGUAGUGUAGUCCUGUUUGAGCUAGCUCAGCAGCAUCACAGAUCUAGCAUACCAUGCUGAUUGGAGCAUGACAAAUUGCAAAACGCGAUUGGAGAAUGCUUCUCAUGGGGCUCCGCAUGAGAAACAUUUUAAGCAUGCAGAUUUGCAUGACAACUAUGGUGUGGGGACGUUUUUACACUUGAUAUUCGAAAUUCUAUGGGAAGAAAAAGUAUCAUCAUAAAAUGAAGUAGACUGUGACUGUGUUGCAUUCUUUGCACGACAAACUUGACACUGUGUGGCAUGAUGGCAGGUAUUUUCUCGUCAGCAAGGUACACGAAUCGCGACUGGAUUCCGCUAUACUGUAGACCCUGAUUCGAUGGUCAUGCAUGUGUCUGCCCAGCAUCAGAUCCAUGAGAGACAUUUUUGCCUGGCAGAAUAAAUGCAACACAGUAACAGUUGUUGGACAACAACUGCUAUGAUGCUGUUUUUUUCUUGCAGAAACUUCGAAACUUUUUCAAAAAGUUGUACUCGAAGAAAUAAUAAAUUCUUCUCCCACCGGUAUCAGUAUGAAAAAUCCCCCUUUCUCAAUAGCGCCCAACCAGAGAUUCUCUGUGAUGCUAGAUUUGUCGUGAUGAAUUCGAAUUGAUUUGUGUUGCAUAAUUAACCCGCGUGCUGUAUCGUGCUGUGCCGCUAUCUUGUCUUGAGCAAGAACCUUUAGUGUUGUUUCUCAAACCAGCAGACACGCUUGUUAGGCCGAGCACUUGGAGCGGAACAAAAAGCGGAAACCCAUAUCCGCUUGAUAGAUAAUCUGUCACCUACAGCUACAGCCCACCCGCCUUGAUGCAUGACAAUGUGAUUUCCGGCAGCAAACAAUAAUGUCUGCCAGCAAUCACAUCGCGCAAUAGAAAUAGGCAGUCAACAUUGCAGUAAGGACAGGGGGGAUUUUUCCUUACCAUAACCGCUUUCCACGCCGUAGGAGAAGGAUGUAAAAAAACGACGGGGACAUCUACAACAUGCGGAAAUUUUGUCGACCCUUCGAAGUAAAGAAACGACCCUUGGAAAGCUGCUAGUAGAAAAAUGAAAAUUAGUGAUCGUGUAAGAACAUCCACCAAAAUAUAACGAGGCCACCUACGGCCGUAAGUAUCAUCAAAUUGCACCUGCAACUAUUGCUAGGGAAAAAAACCACUUUUUCUAGGAAAAAAAGAGCUCUGAAACCGAAUAACUACAAGGUAUGACUGUAUGUUUCGCACUAGAUUUUGAUUUAUGUACCACUUGAACUUCUAUGAAACUGUAUCCGUACCGCUAGCCAGAAGCGAUAUAUGACGAUUGAUAUAUAACGAAACUGAGGAAAGCCAAAUCUCGUCGUGUCUCCAUGUAUCCUCUUUUUGGUCCUACACUUUACUACUGUAUUUUACGGAAAGAUAGGAAAAACGUUUUUCCGCAAUGGGUAGCUUUAUGAUCUUCUGACUGCCCCGACGGCAAAUUUGUCGUUGGUGCGGACAGAUGAAUAUGAUAGUUGAUCUGUUGCAACAACUCAUGAAGAAGGAGGGGCUCUCUCUAUCUUUCAGCUCAUUUGGGCGUUCGACGAAUAAAUGAAGACGGUUGUUUUUACAUCAACUUACUAUAAUAUUGAAAAGGAACAGCACCGCGUCGUGCCUGGUCUAGGUAGAACAGCACGAGGAGGUUUUCCGAUUCUGUAACCAGCGAGAAUAAGAUAGAAAUAUCAAACUUAAAGAUAGAAAUAGCAAACUUUGUCGAUACAGACCAUAAGAACAAUUUCCGUACAUAAAGUGGAUAUUCAGUCUCAGAGGCAUAGGCACAGACGCCGCCUACAGUAUUACCAUUGACAAAGGGCACGGGGGCAUGGUAUUUUAGCUCGUUCUCCAACAUAUAGUGAUUACGCGCCGCUGCAUCAUCUGUAUCUUCUAUUGCCACUUACUUUAUUGUGUCAUUGUGUAUGUGACGGUUUUGAAGAUAAAAUAUAGCAAGAAGCGCCCUAGAGUGCAUCUGUUACGUUUCCAGCACCUGUUCGGCGCACCAGAGACAGAGUGAAAUAUGCGUUGCCAAGCAAUGAAGGGAAAGAAUGAGUGCAUAAAGUGCAACGUUGAUAAGUCGCUUGGGCUUGAGAAGACGUACACGUAUUAAGGGAAAAAUAAUGAUGGCUCCUCGAGAUCAAUCUAGGUCCGCUAUACAGCCUAUUCUUGAU